AGUCGGAGGCGCUCCUCGGGUUUUGGCCAGUGCGCAGCGCGGCACCGCUUCACAUCACACUGUACGCACGGACUGUUGCUGCGUCCCGGAGCCCCCCCCCCUUGCAGGCGCUGAGGACCGAGGGAGAUUAAAAGUGCACUUUUUUUGGGGGGGUGACGUUUAUUCGCGGAGGAACCGAUAAGGGGGUCGGACCGGCGUGGAGGAGCGUCACCAUGGCCUCAAAGGAGACCACAGCGGCGGGCUUCGUCAACGUCAGCAGGGAAAUCACAGAGAGCAUCAGGAAGGUGCUGGACAAGCAGGCCAUUAAGUUUGUGCGAGCCAUCAAGCAGGACAUGAGGAGCGGCAAAACAGAGGACAGAAUUCUGGUCCUGGCAACAUGGAGGCUGUAUCUCUUCGCUGUCAAAGUGCCCACCAAGGUGGAGGUCACCUUCAACUUCUUGGAAAUCCGAGCAAUGAACACCUAUCAAGAAUACCAGGUUAUCAUCGAUACAGACAAGACUACCUAUUCCCUAAGAUUGCAGACCCAGGACCAGCUGGAUCACGUGGUCAGCCACAUCAACUAUGCCCUCUCCCGAGUCUUCAACAACUCCAUUUAUGCUCCUCCUAUUUGUCGAGCAGAGGGAGACCUGACUGAUGGAAGUCACAAGUUUUCACCCAACACUGAAUCCUCAGUAGAUCCCCAGAAAACGUGCGGAGGUUUUUCUGAGACCUAUGCAGCUCUUUGUGACUACAAUGGAAUUGGCUGCAAAGAAGAAGUGCAGUGGGACGUUGACACAAUCUACCACUCUCAGGACAACCGAGAGUUCAAUCUGCUGGAUUUCAGCCAUCUCGACAGCAGGGACUUGGCGGUGAUCGUGGCCUCCAUUGCGUACAACACCUGGUUCACCAAGCUGUACUGCAAAGACAUGAAAAUAGGGUCGGAGGUGGUGGACCAGGUUCUACACACAGUCAGCAAGUCCAACAGUCUGGAGGAGCUCACUCUGGAGAACGCAGGACUCAAAUCGGAUUUUCCGCAGAAGAUGGCGUCAGCGCUGUCAGAGAACCCAGCCUCUGUGAUUCACUCCCUAAACCUGGCUCAUAACACGCUCGACAACCAAGGCGUCUCCAACCUGAUUCAACAGGUGUGUCGCCUCAACAAGGGACUGCGCCUCCUCAAUCUUGCCAAGACCUCCCUCUCCUCCAAGGGUGUUGUGUCUCUGUCCCAGGCGUUGUGUUCCAGUGAUGACUACUCUAAUUCCCUGCUGCAUCUGGACCUCAGCAAAAACCCCGGGGUUCUGUCUGGAGAGGACGCCACGAACCUGUACCUUUUCCUGGCCCAGCCGAACUGCCUGGUCCAUCUGGACCUGUCCGGGACAGACUGCACCGUGGACUCGUUGUUUGGGGCGUUGCUGCGAGGCUGCUGCGCUGACCUCUCCUACCUGAACCUGUCCAAGAACUCCUUCUCUCACAG